AUAUUUGGGUGCUAUAAGCCCGCGGGAGGCGCACGCGGCCUCUCUCUUUGCCUCCCCAAGAUGGCGCCGAAAGCCAAGAAGGAAGCUGUCCCAGCUAAGACUGAGGCAAAAUCGAAAGCCCUGAAGGCUAAAAAGGCAGUCUUGAAAGGCAUCCAUAGUCACAAGAAGAAGAAGAUUAGGACGUCACCCACCUUCCGGAGGCCUAAAACUCUGCGGUUACGAAGGCAGCCUAAGUAUCCACGGAAGAGCGCACCGAGAAGGAACAAGCUGGACCAUUACGCUAUCAUUAAGUUCCCACUGACUACGGAAUCGGCCAUGAAGAAGAUAGAGGACAACAACACGCUGGUCUUCAUUGUGGACGUGAAAGCAAACAAGCACCAGAUCAAGCAGGCAGUCAAGAAGUUGUAUGACAUUGAUGUGGCCAAGGUCAACACGCUGAUCCGGCCUGAUGGUGAGAAAAAGGCUUAUGUCCGUCUUGCACCAGAUUAUGAUGCGCUAGAUGUUGCCAACAAGAUUGGGAUCAUCUAAGCAGAAUAUUGCCGGAGCUUGUAUAAUAGAAUUGCACAAUAAACACUUGUUAUUACCA